UUGAUAUAUACAUAAACCAAAAAAAUAAGUUGAAUGUUGAAAACCUGUCCUGUGUGAACAACCUCUAAAGUCAUAUGUUUAUGUUAAAUGAUAAGGAAAUAAAGUAGUAUUUUGACUUCUUAAUCCACUAUUUGCUUGUCUGCUUUUACUUGUCCAAGCCUUCAUUUGCAGCUUUGCAAUUAGAAUAUGCAAUUAAUUUGAAUAAAUUUUUUUAUUUUCAAUCUAAAAACAAACCAUCAUUAUGCACAAUGCAAAUGGCUUCCUGAUGCAAGGUAGCGUUCAUUAAUCUUCAUAACGACUUGUACUAAUCUUGUACAGUUCUUAAUGUUUUUGAAAUUCUCUGUGACUAAUAAACAUUUUUGUUUUGACUGCAAUUAUGACACCAUGAGUUACACAGCAGAACAAAUUUCAGCAUCCUCCCACAAUGGUAAACGCGGUAGAGAUGUAUAACUGAGAUGAUUUUUUAUUAUUAUUUUUUUUUUUUAGCUCAAACCAGCUUAUCGCUAAAUACCAGAUAAACUGAGCAGUUCUGAAUAAGGUUCUUGUUAAGUGUGGCUGUCGACAGUCUCAGUCCUUUGAAUUUUUUUUGUUUGUUUUUUUUGUUUGUUUUUUGCAUUUUACAGAGGAACUUGGUGUUAAAAUGUUUGGGCAAUAGUUCGGUCUGCACUUAUCAGCAAACAACACAGCAGCAGAAGUUGAUUUCUUAAGCAUUGCAAAGGGCAUUGUGAGGCUUAAUUUGUGAGAAUUCUGCUUCCUAUUCAGUUAUAAUAGAAGUCACAAUGACUCCAACUGGAUAUCCAAAUUAUGAUGAGUUUUUACAAGCAUUAACUAAAGUGCAACUUCAUGAGGACUUACAUCCUGGAUACUGCAGGGAAGCAGCAUGUGUAAUCACAGUGAUCUUUAAUGUGAUCAUAUUCCUUCUUGGCAUCACUGGAAAUGGUGCAGUGAUCUGGAUUACUGGUUUUAAGAUGAAGAAGUCAGUGAACAGCACUUGGUACCUGAGUCUGGCUUUGUCUGACUUCACUUUCUGUGCUACUCUUCCUUUCACCAUUGAUUACAUGGUUAAGAACAGCUGGAGCUUUGGGCUCUUUCUGUGCAAGUUCAACUCUUUUGUUAUGACCCUCAAUAUGUACAGCAGCAUUUUCAUCCUGGUCAUCAUAAGUGUGGAUCGCUGCAUCACCGUCAGGUUUCCUGUCUGGGCCCAGAAUCGACGCACUGUAAAGAAAGCUUCGUUAGUUGUUGUGCUGGCUUGGUUUGUGUCUUCUUUGCUUAGCAUUCCAUCUGCCACAUUCAGAGAGAUUCUAAAUGAAUCACCAGAGCAAUGCUAUAGCAAUUAUGAGGAUCACCACAAAACCGUCGUGUUCAUGCGCUUUAAUUUUGGGUUUUUGAUUCCGUUCCUGACUAUUUUCAUCUGUUACACCAUCUUGAUCCAUAAACUUAGAUCAAACCAAAUGUCCAAAUCCACCAAGCCCUACAAGAUCACCACAUUACUGAUCGCAACUUUUUUUAUCUGUUGGUUGCCAUUUCAAAUAGUUUCUGUUUUAGAGUUGGACAGAUCUGAGCACAACUCCACCUUUAAAACAGCUCAACAAGUAUCUGGUACUCUCGCCAGUGCAAACAGCUUUCUAAACCCAUUCCUCUAUGCAUUCAUGGCCAAGGACUUAAAGAAGAAAUGCUAUUCCUUUCUUUCGAAGAUUGAGAGCGCCAUUGAUGAAGAAAGCCGAAGUGCUUUCAGAGCUACUUCAGUUACCAGUGCUGCAGAUAACGGACUUUCCACUGCUGUCUGAAAUUUUAACACGUGUCAUGGACUAAAUCUAUUUCUCUUUAUUCCCUUCCAAAUGUGGUU